AUGAUCGAAAGAAAAUUGGUGUUUUCAAAAUUCACUUCGCCAAAUUCACAAUUAAAUCACUUUGCAUUAUUUCAUGAUCUAUGGAUGGGCCGAUAUAAAUUAGAAGAAAUUAAUUGUGUCUAUGAACAAUUGAAGAAAUUAAUUGAACGAUGUACAAAUCGUUUGCCAGUUCAACGACCAAAUCUUGAGGAAUGCUCACGAAUCAUAGAUGAUUUAAAUGAAUUGACAAUGGAGGAUUCUUUUCAACCAUUGAUCAUCGAUAAACAACAAAAAGUAGUGCGACCAAUUGGCUUUGAUGGAACAAACAAUUGGGUCUGU